CAAUCUCACCUCCCCCCACAACCCGCCGCCGCCUUCGUCUUCUCCGUCGCCGACUUCUCCUCCUCUCCGAUCCACCGCCACCGCCGCCGCCGCCGCCGCCUCGCCCCUCCGAUCCGUCGCCGCCUUCAUCCCCUCCCACACCUCGAUCCGCCCCCGCCUCCCCGAGCCGGAGCCGCCGCUGCCACCUCCUCCUCCUCGAUCCGCCGCUGCCUCCCCGAGUUCGUCGUCCACCGCUGAUCGGCCAACCCGAGGAACCUUCGACGUUUCAAACAUGUCUCGCCGAGGAUUGAUGGAGCAGGACUUAAGCAAGCUUGACGUGACAAAGCUCCACCCGUUAUCGCCUGAAGUUAUCUCACGCCAGGCGACGAUCAAUAUAGGUACCAUUGGGCAUGUGGCCCAUGGAAAGUCCACCGUUGUGAAAGCUAUAUCUGGAGUUCAGACUGUUCGCUUCAAGAAUGAGCUGGAGCGUAACAUCACUAUAAAGCUUGGUUAUGCUAAUGCGAAAAUCUACAAAUGUGAAGACGAGAAAUGCCCACGACCAAUGUGCUACAAGGCUUAUGGAAGUGGAAAAGAAGAUAGCCCUCACUGUGAUGUGCCUGGGUUUGAAAACACUAGGAUGAAGCUACUGAGACAUGUUUCUUUUGUUGAUUGUCCGGGGCAUGACAUUCUCAUGGCUACAAUGCUUAAUGGAGCUGCUAUCAUGGAUGGAGCAUUGCUUUUGAUAGCAGCCAAUGAAAGCUGCCCACAACCCCAAACAUCUGAGCAUCUUGCUGCGGUUGAAAUCAUGCGUCUCCAACAUAUCAUUAUUCUUCAGAACAAGAUUGAUCUUAUCCAGGAAAGUGCAGCAAUGAAUCAACAUGAAGCGAUCCAGAAAUUCAUCCAGGGUACCAUAGCUGAAGGUGCUCCGGUGGUGCCAAUAUCUGCUCAGCUUAAGUAUAACAUUGAUGUGAUAUGUGAAUACAUUGUGAAGAAAAUCCCCAUUCCUGAAAGGAACUUCACUUCCCCUCCAAACAUGAUUGUCAUUCGCUCCUUUGAUGUCAACAAGCCUGGUUCAGAGGUUGAUGAAAUUAGGGGUGGUGUAGCUGGUGGCAGCAUCCUCAGAGGAGUUUUGAGGGUGAACCAGAACAUUGAAGUCCGCCCUGGCAUUGUAAUGAAGGAUGAAAGCGGCAACAUCAAAUGCACCCCAAUCUAUUCAAGGAUUGUUUCGCUCUAUGCUGAGCAGAAUGAGCUCCAAUUUGCUGUGCCUGGAGGUCUUAUUGGUGUGGGAACAACCAUGGAUCCAACCUUGACACGUGCUGAUAGACUGGUUGGUCAGGUUCUAGGUGAAGUUGGAUCACUUCCUGAUGUCUAUGUGGAGCUUGAGAUCAACUUCUUCCUUCUUCGGAGGCUGUUGGGUGUGAGGACAAAAGGUACUGAGAAGGCUGGGAAGGUCUCCAAGCUCACCAAGGGUGAAAUCCUCAUGCUUAACAUCGGAUCCAUGUCGACUGGUGCUCGUGUGGUUGCUGUCAAGAACGAUCUUGCCAAACUUCAGCUCACUGCCCCUGUCUGCACAAGCAAAGGUGAGAAGGUUGCCCUUAGCCGUCGUGUUGAGAAGCAUUGGCGACUCAUCGGAUGGGGCCAGAUCCAGGCUGGCACGACGCUCGAAGUUCCACCGUGUCCGCUCUGAAGUGCAGUUGUUUAGGCAGAAGUCUACCAACAGUUUGAGGUAAGAGAGAAGGAAAUGUGGAAGGGCAGAGAGCUCCUAGGCACUAUUUUCGUGAGAUGGAGGAGAAAACAAAUGAGUUUGGAAGAGAUGUCAUUGCGUGAAUUCACCUACGGUCGAUACUGAAGUUUGCCUACAUUACUAAGUUUGUUUACAUUCUGAAUGCUGGGAAAAUCGUUUUCCUUGCCAUGUUGAAGUAGGCGAGAAACCUACUACCCUUUGGAUCAGGAUCAUCUUUACACAUCUCAGCGAGAAUCAGUUAUGCAUGGCUGAGAAUCAGUUGUGCAUGGCAUUCACGUGUUGCAA